AUGCCCCUCCAUCUUCUAGGCAAAAAAUCAUGGAACGUAUACAACCCCGCCGCCAUCGAGCGAGUCCGCCGCGACGAAGCAGAAGCGCAACGGCAGGCCGAGGAGCGCGAAAAGAAAGCCUUACGAGAUGAAGCGGACGAGCGAGUCCGAUUACUACGUGGGGGCGCACCACAGCCAUCGGACGACUCAGUCAAGACAAUACAGGUACAGUCACAAGACAGCGCUCCACGUCCAGCACAUCGGAUCCAAAAGCGUCGCUUGGCCGGCGAAGACGACACGGACUGCGAUAUCCGAAUCGCGCGGGAAAGACAGGUAGCAACGACCUUGUCGCUCAAACGGCAAGGACCUGACGAAAAAGAGGAAGAUGACUCGAUCGUCGACUCCAAUGGAAACAUUUCCUUAAUCCCAGUCCGACAUCAACAUCAACAACAACUCCACAACGACUCCUCCGGAUCCGCUGCCAGAAAGAACUCGAAAAUCGACGAAGAUCCAUAUACCGUCUAUCUGUCCCAUGCUGCAGGAAAAGACAAAGACUUAGCCACUAGCAAACCGUGGUAUUAUGGAGGAAGUAGUACUGGUAACGAUGGUCUGUUGACACGUGCAAAAUGGGGCGACGACUCUGAUCGUCGACGAGAGCGUGAAUCCGCCCGGAUAGCCAGUCAGGAUCCCCUUGCCAUGAUGAAACGGGGUGUCAGGCAGUUACGUGAAGCGGAGAAACAGCGACAAAAGUGGAUGGAGCAGCGGGAACGGGAUUUGCGCGAAGUUGAGGAUCUGGCUGUUGCGGCGGGGCCAAGGAGAGACAAAAACAGAAACAUGGAUGAUGAUGGUGAGAGUCAGGAUAGGCACCACCACCACCAUCACCGGAGAAGAAGAAAGAGGCGAGAUGAUAACGACGGUGAUGGCGGUGGUAGAGAUGCAGAAGAAACAAUUAGUGGACGGCGAAGAAGGAGAGACAAAAGCAAACAGCGAGACGAUGACAGCCGCGAUACAACUCACAAAUCAAAAGACGUCGAUGAAGAUAGCCUCGAUGGAUUCAAUUUGGACGAAGGCUAUACCAAUACCACGACUACCGAGCGCCGCGACCGGGAUCGAGAUCGAGAUCGAGAUCGGAAUCGGGAACGCAGCCCCAAUAAUGAUGGAAAUGGAGACGACAAAGGCGGACGUUUGGAGGACGACCGUCACCAUCGUCGCCAUGACCGCCACCGACAUGGUCAUCGACACCGCUCUCAGCGUGACGAUAGUCCUCAUCAUCACCACCGCCAUCGUCGGCGGAGCCCUGAUGAGUGA